GCAUGGCCCGCAUUGCGGCGUUCUUGCUGGUGGCGCUGCUCUCCUUAGACGUGCAUCUCGCGCAGUCCGCGUCGUGCCGAUCAUGCCCGCCGACAAAGCCUUCCCAGCCUCCACCGUGUAAGCACAAGUCUUCACCAUCGUCCAUACCCUGCCCUCCACCUUCACAAACUCCCAUGCCCUCACCAACACCCACACUCACCCCGGUGACUCCGACGCCGGCACCGACCCCGACUGUCUUCAUCCCUCCACCUACAAACACUCCGGCACCCACGCCCAUACCGACCUCUGUAACUCCAACAUCGGCACCGACCCCUAUGAUGCCUCCAAUACCAACCCCUAUAACUCCGAAGCCGGUACCAGCUCCUCUCUCUCCAACACCAACACCGGUGGCCCCAACACCUACACCCGUGAUGCCGCCAAAACAGACACCUGUGACACCAACGCCGGCACCGACCCCUGUUUCUCCAACGCCAAACCCGGUGGCCCCAACACCUACCCCUGUGAUGCCACCAACACCGACGCCGGCAUCGACCCCUUUCUCUCCAACGCCAAGUCCGGUGGCCCCAACACCGACCCAUGUGGUUCCGAUGCCAGCACCAACCCCUGUCUCUCCAACGCCAACCCCGGUGGCCCCAACACCGGCCCCCGUGAUGCCGCCAACACCAACACCGGCGACUCCGAUGCCAGCACCGACCCCCGUUUCUCCAACGCCAACCCCGGUGGCCCCAACACCGACUCCUAUGAUGCCGCCACCACCGACCCCUGUGACUCCGAUGCCAGCACCAACCCCUGUCUCUCCAACGCCAAUCCCGGUGGCCCCAAUACCGACCCCCGUCAUGCCGCCAGCACCCACCCCUGUGACUCCGACGCCACCCCCAGCCCCGGCCGCAGCGCCGGCUACAUCGACCGGCAAGUGCCCCGUGGACACACUAAAGCUGCGUGCGUGCGUGGACGUGCUCAAUGGGCUGUUGCACACGGUGAUCGGCAGUAGCGCCAGCAAUACAUGCUGCCCGCUGCUGUCCGGCGUUGCCGAUCUCGACGCUGCUCUCUGCCUUUGCACCACCAUCAAGGUCAAGGCCCUCAACAUCAACCUCAUGCUGCCCAUCGCCAUCGAGGUGCUCGUCAACCAGUGCGGCAAGAGAGUGCCGAAAGACUUCCGCUGCCCAGCACCGACCCCCGUUUCUCCAACGCCAACCCCGGUGGCCCCAACACCGACUCCUAUGAUGCCGCCACCACCGACCCCUGUGACUCCGAUGCCAGCACCAACCCCUGUCUCUCCAACGCCAAUCCCGGUGGCCCCAAUACCGACCCCCGUCAUGCCGCCAGCACCCACCCCUGUGACUCCGACGCCACCCCCAGCCCCGGCCGCAGCGCCGGCUACAUCGACCGGCAAGUGCCCCGUGGACACACUAAAGCUGCGUGCGUGCGUGGACGUGCUCAAUGGGCUGUUGCACACGGUGAUCGGCAGUAGCGCCAGCAAUACAUGCUGCCCGCUGCUGUCCGGCGUUGCCGAUCUCGACGCUGCUCUCUGCCUUUGCACCACCAUCAAGGUCAAGGCCCUCAACAUCAACCUCAUGCUGCCCAUCGCCAUCGAGGUGCUCGUCACCCAGUGCGGCAAGAGAGUGCCGAAAGACUUCCGCUGCCCUAAUUAAGCUCCAUCGAUUACUAUAUGUACUAUCAGUAUCACCUGCAUAUGAAUGCGAUACAUGCAUUAAAUUCUCUUGUGUGGUCACACAGGUGACAUAUCGAAGUGUAAUAAUCUAUAUGUACAUGGAUUUGCAGCUCUGACUCGCUACUUGUGACGGGGAGCUGUGGAGCAUGCAUACAUUGUCUUUGUGUAACAGCGUAUCAUAUAGUAACCGUAUAACAUGUUACCAAUUGUGGUCUUCCAUCGGUUUUGUAGUGUGUGUUUUCUUUUUGAAGAACUAUGAAUAAAAUGUCCGUACUGUGUAAAAGAAGUUUUCA